AUGGCUAUCUCGGUUGAAUCCUACACAAACACUCUAUGUGCCGGUGUUACUGUUUUACUUGUGGAUGCUGAUUCAACCUGUCUCACUAUCAUAUCAAAAAUGCUUCGCACCUCUGGCUAUCAAGUUAUUACGGCUAAACGAGCAACCGAUGCAUUCUGCAUAGUACAGGAUCGAGAAUUCAAAAUCGACCUUAUCCUAGCAGAAGCUUGCCUGCCUGAUAUGGAUAAAUACGAGCUGCUUGAGACCAUAAGGAACAUGUCUGGCAUUCCUAUUAUUCUUAUGUCGGCUGAUUACGACAGGAAGGCCGUGCUAGGUAGCCUCUUUAAAGGUGCUAGGUUAUACAUGGUCAAGCCAAUCACCAUGAAUGAUGUCAAGAACCUGUGGCAGUUUGCAAUCCUUAAGAAACGGGAAAAUGUACCGACCGCGGAUGAGAAUAGCGGUAUCGAGGAUGCAUCGUCCAAGGAGAGUGCAACGGGUGUUGGCGAGAGGCGGAAUCUCCGAAACGUGAAAAGGAAAAGAUCGGAUGAAACGCAAGACGAUAAAGAGGAAGACAAGGAUGGUUCUGUCAUUCAAAAGAAGCCAAAGCUAAUCUGGACUGAUGAGCUGCAUAACAGAUUCCUCCGAGCCGUCGAAAUGCUUGGUAUUGACGAAGCUCAUCCAAAGAAAAUACUUGAGCUUAUGAAUGUCCCAGGACUUAAGAAAGGAAAUGUUUCAAGCCAUCUGCAGAAAUAUCGUCUAUCUUUGAAACGGAAGCAGGAAACAAGUCAGAAGACAAUGGACACAGGUUCCACUGUAGAACAUGUCGCGUCUCAUCAUGUUUUGUCUGAAUUGGAUCCACGAGAAGGGUUUCAUUAUUUUUCAGAUACGCAAACAAUGGCGGUAGCAAAGCAACAAGAUGUUAUCAUCAACGGCCUAGCUCAGGAGAAUCUUAAUGGUUACACGCCUAUUCCUUACACAGAUUGUGAGCAGACAAAUAACCAAGGGAUGGAACGUUUUCAACAGAUGGAGAAUUCAGCACAAGUUCUAAUGGCGGAAACUGAUCUUUUCAACAACGGAGAUUAUGGUUCAACUCUGUUUGAUGAUGUCUGGUUGUUCCAUUAG